AUGCCCAAAGUUUCAAACCGCUACACCACCACUGUGUUUAACUUGGAAGUAGUCGAGUUUGAGACUGAAGAGAGAAUGCUUGCUGAACUUCGUAAGGAUGCGCCAAAUAGUACAUUAUAUGGAUGCGCCAUAAACAAAUUUGCUGGUGGAGUGAUAUUCGAUCGCAUUAAUGCUAGCGCAAAUAUUCUGGACUACAAAAUCCUCAUCCCGACACCGCUUACUGAGGAUCCGUGGAUGCUUGAUCAAGAGUGGAAUGAUCCAUUUGGAGCGGAUAAUGAUUUCAACAAAAUACCCGGCAGGCCACCUUACUGGUCAUCAGCAUUUCUAUCGCUGCAGUAUGCUAUUGACAGUAUCUUCAUAGAUGAAGCAUCUUCUGAAGUAAGACCAAGCAUGGAAUUACGCUUGAGACGUAUGCCUGAUGCAGCCUAUAAUGUCAAUAGCAUUGCUGCAUUCAUUUCCAUAGCCUCAUAUGUUUGGGGUCUUUGCGCGUUUGUUUUAGUUAUCCACACAGCGAGAGAGAUAGCAAGAUUUCCUAUCCGUUAUGGGAUUAUCAACGCCUAUAUUUUACCUGUCUCAUGUGCUCUUUGCAUCAACAAAAUGUCUGUUUGUUCUACUGAUAUGCUCGGUGCCACUGGCUACGAUGUUGGGGGUGAGCCAUAG